AAGUUACCAGCGUUCAGUCGCAGGGUCUAGUGGGUGAGCACACGGAACAGCAGUCGGUAAAGGAAAAGAUAUGAUGAGGGGAAGUCAAUAUAAAGUCCCCCAAACAGCCCCACUCUACUGGCAUUUCCUUCUCCACUCCUCGUAGGUUUCUUAACUAAACUGCCUAACCAUCGAGAAGCAUCCUUUCGCCUUCUUCCCUCCUAGUCAAUCAAUAAACCUCCAGCAGAGAAAAAUUCAAUCGUUCUCCAUAAUUCCCCCAAAAUGAAGGUCGAUUUCACCCUCGCUCUCCUCAUCUCCCUACUCACUAGUACUCUUGCCGCCCCCACCACGAACUUGCAAAAGCGUUCGACUACCAUCUUCCCGAACUACCUCAUCCCAAUCAACCAGAGCACCCCUGAUACCGCGUACUUCACUCAAUACACCGCGACAAUCGACUACAGUGGCGAUGACUCCACGGGCAAUGAGAAGAGGAUGAUUGGUAAGACUCCUUAUCCCUAUCCUCGGCUUUAUCCUGCACCGGAGAUAACGAAUGGGUAAAAACAACGCACAAUAGUUGGCUUCGAUGUUCCCCAGAGUUCCGAGCAUAAUUGCGCCCUCGAGUUUGUCCUCCCGGCGCCUGUCCCAGGCGGGUACCCGAAUGCUGUGAGUGGGUCCGGGAGGCUCGACGUUUACGGGUUCAACGGACAGAUUAUAAACGGUGUGACCAAUUGGAACAACCGGCCGCCAAGGUACCCGCCUUUCACUCCGUUUUGGACUAUCUAUGUAUGCACCCCCCCCUUCCGUACUUCUACUUCGGCGGUCUUGUGAUAGCGAUUAACCCUGAAGAUAGCAACCAACGGAUUUCUCACCUGCUGUUGUUACUGGUGGGCCUUUGCCUUGUAAUCAUGGGCAGAGAAUGGACUUCGAGGUUGUUGCAACUAGGGGUGUUGAUCCGACCUAUUUUGACUGGUUUGGUGUGUUGCCUUCCUUCUUUUCUUCAUGCUUCCUCGGCUUUGAUAGUCUCGGCUUUGAUAGUGUGGGGGCGAUGGCUAACUCUUGCGUGGGGUCUGUAGAACUGAUUACUCCCAAGACUGGUAUAACCCUCAAUAUGUCGUAA